AUAAAAGGAAAAAAAGUGAACUUAAAAUUAGAUAGUGGAGCAGCUUGCAAUGUUUUGCCGUUCGAUAUAUUCUUACAACUGGAUGAGCCUCUAGUGGAAUCCAAAACGAAACGGCUCAUAUCAUUCAGUAACCACAAGCUUACUGUGAAGGGAGAAGCAACGCUGCCGGUGAUAGUUCGGGGUCACGAAAAGAAAGCUGUGUUCAAAGUAGUUGAUGGUGAUGUGGUACCCAUACUCGGAAGAAAAACGUGUGUGCGUUUCAAUUUAAUUGCAAAAAUUGAUCACGUUAGUAUGGAUGAUUCGCUGUUUAACGGUCUAGGAUGUGUUCGUGAUUUCGUGUACGAUAUCGACUUGGUGGAAAACCCGUCAUUCCACAGUAGCCUACCACGAAGGAUUCCACAUUCACUACGAGAAGCGGUGAAAAAGGAAUUGGAUUGUAUGCAGGAACUGGGUGUCAUAGAGCCAAUCAGCGAGCCAACUCCCGUAUUGAAUGCCAUGGUAAUUGUCAGACAAAAAGUAUUCCAGAUGAAUCGAGCGAACUGUUCUACGAACCAACAACGACACUCCUCAACGCAACCCACACCGAUAUCCCCCGCCGAGAAAUCGACACCCGUAAUGCUGACGUUCCAAUCAACGUCGAAGAUGCGAGAACGACCGGACAACGGACCAGAAGCGGACGAGAGGUUCGAGCCAGAAGAGAUAGCGACUACGAGUACUAUUAGCAACGUAUUUGAAGGGGAGAUGUGACGAGAGUAACUCGUCUGUACUUCAAAUUAUCUGUGUCAUACUUCUACCUGUACCACUACAAUCAUAACA